AUGAGUAACUUAAAACUUGGUGUUGAGGUCAUAAGCGCAAGGCUCGGAGAUGGUGUUAACUCCUUUGUGGAGCUACGAUUCGACGAACAGAAAGUCAAAACCUCCACAAAGCUCGACGAUACGAGUCCCGUUUGGAACGAGAGGUUCUCCUUCAACAUCUCCGACACAGAGGAUCUAUCGAACCUGGUUCUUGAGGCUUAUGUUUACAACAAAACCAGCAACGGAACGAGAUCUUGUCUUGGUAAGAUACGAAUCCUUGGAACUGCGUUUGUGCCCUACUCUGAAGCUGUCGGGUUGCAUUACCCUCUUGAGAAAGAGAAAUGGAGCGUCUUCUCUUUCGAAUCCACCGUUAGAGGCGAGCUCACUCUCAAGGUGUUUGUAACUGAUAACCCCUCGGUCAAGAUACCGACUCCAAACCCUAUAAAGAAGCUUGCUUCUAACACAAGUCACAAUUUGCACAACAUCCCCGCGUCAGAGAAGACUAAACCUAGGCUUCGAAAAACUCAGCAACCGCCUCAACUGCAAACACUAUCUCUUCAACCGCCUCAACCUCAACCGCCUCAACCGCAGACGCUAUCUUCUCAACCGCAAACGCUUUUUCCUCAACAGCCACCGGUUAUGGAAGCUGCUCCAUUUCAACCGGUCAGAUAUGGUUCACCGGUUCUUGGAGGAGGCGUACGAGCACGAACCACCACCACCGCUCAUGAUCUUGUCGAGCCAAUGGAGUAUCUCUUCGUCAAGAUCGUUAAAGCAUGUAAUCUUCCGACAAUGGAUCCAACCGGAAGUCUAGAUCCUUACAUCGAAGUCAAACUAGGAAAUUUCACGGCGACAACCACCCAACUCGAGAAGAACAAGAACCCGGUUUGGAACGAAGUCUUCGCUUUCACCAAAUCAGACCAACAAGCAAACUUCAUCGACGUCAUCGUCAUGGACAAAGGCGUCAUGAAAGACAAUUUUGUCGGUUCCAUCCGGUUCGAUCUCAACGAGAUCCCGACACGUGUUGCAACAGACAGUCCUAUAGCUCCGGAAUGGUACAUAGUCAACCACGAGAGAGGAGGCGAGAUUAUGUUAUCUGUUUGGUUCGGUACACAAGCCGACAAAGCAUUUUCAGACGCGACGUACUCGGACGCUUUAAACGUUGUAAACAAAUCAAGUGUGUGUUCUAAAGUCUAUCAUUCUCCAAGGCUAUGGUACCUUCGCGUUAACGUUAUUGAGGCACAAGACUUAGUUAUCGUACCAGACCGGACUCGGUUUCCACCAAAUCCGUACGUGAAUAUCAAGUUAGGUAGCCAGAUGGUUCGUACCAAACCGGGUCAAUCGCUUAACCCGAAGUGGAACGAAGAGUUUACAUUUGUGGCGGCUGAACCGUUUGAAGAUCUUGAAAUCUCAAUCCAAGACCGAGAGGAAACGCUGGGAACAACUAAGAUACGGUUUGAUGAAAUAGAAAGACGGGUUGAUGAUAACCGGAUAGUACCAAACCGUUGGUUUAGUCUUGCGUUAGCGAGACAGACGAGAGUUAGAUUUGCAACGACUAGGAUUCUUCUGAAUGUUUGUUUAGAAGGAGGCUAUCACGUUCUUGAUGAGUCUACUUACAACAGCAGCGACUUCAGACCAUCAAUGAAGAAGGUACGAAACCGACAUGUGCAGUCGGUUGGUGUUUUUGAGUUAGGGAUCUUAGGAGCUGAAGGUUUGAGUCUGAGCCGAGACGGGAAGAAAGAGACGGUCGAUGCUUAUUGUGUUGCCAAGUAUGGGACCAAAUGGGUCAGGACACGGACCGUUAUGAACUCUUUAAACCCGCGGUUCAAUGAGCAGUACACAUGGGAGGUUUACGAGCCAGCAACUGUGAUAACAAUUGGUGUCUUUGAUAACAAUGGGACCAAUGGUGGUAACAACAAAGAUGGGAAGAUAGGGAAAGUCAGAGUUAGAAUCUCGACUCUCGAAUCAGGAAGACUCUACACUAACUCGUACCCGCUUCUCGUUCUUCGACCUUCGGGGGUCAAGAACAUGGGUGAACUGCAUUUGGCGAUUCGGUUUACAUGUACUUCUAUGUUUCAGAUGCUUCUCCAUUACUGGAAACCACUUCUACCCAAAAUGCAUUACGUAAGACCGUUGAAAGUCGUGCAGCAGGAGAUUCUCAGGCGGCAUGCGAUUAACCUAAUGGCAGCUCGGCAAAGCAGAGCUGAGCCGCCACUUAGGAAAGAAGUGAUAGAGUACAUAACCGAUUCGAACUCUCAUUUCUGGAGCAUUCGGAAAAGCAGAGCGAAUCUCUACCGGUUGAGAUCGGUUUUCUCCGGUUUACUUGGUACCGGAGAAUGGUUUCAAGAUAUCUGCACAUGGAAGAAACCGGUAGCGUCUACAGCGGUUCAUGUACUCUACUUAGCGUUUGUGUGUUUGCCAGAGAUGAUUCUUCCGAUAAUAUCUCUUUGGUUAUUCAUGCUCGGUGUAUGGAACUACAGACUGCGUCUGAGACAGCCUCAACACAUGGACACAAGCCUCUCAUUUGCAGAGAAUGUUCACCCGGAAGAGCUUACCGAAGAGUUCGACACGUUUCCAUUCUCUUCUCAAGACCCGGGGGUUGUUAAAAUGCGGUACGAGCGGUUAAGGAGUAUAGCUGGUAGAGCUCAGACGCUUGUGGGAGACAUAGCUCGUCAAGGAGAGAGAGUUCAAGCUCUGUUAAGUUGGAGAGAUCCAAGAGCUACAUCCAUCUUCAUGGUGGUAUGUUUGGUUUCUUCUGUGGUUUUGUAUGUUGUGCCGUUUAAGGUUUUUGUUCUCCUCUGUGGGUUAUACAUCAUGAGACAUCCAAGACUCAGGCGAAAGACACCUCCUGGUUUGGUUAACUUCUUUAAAAGACUUCCUGCUAAAACAGAUUGUAUGUUGUAGAAUGCAAUAACAUAUAAUAUGAAACCAAACACACAUGAGUUGUGAAAAAUCACUACAAGUCUUUUGUUUCCUAGGCAUAAACCAAAAGACA